GCCAAGCGCGUAACGGCCAGGCCAGGCUGAGAGGCCUUCCCCAGAGCCAGGCAUGCUGGCGCCGCGAUGCGGGCCCCAGGCUCCAGGACUGGGAGGAGGGCGUUCCUGCUUCACAACCAUCCUGUGGCGGCCUGGAUGGACUGGCCCUCCCAGGGCCCUGACCUCUCAUCUCUUGUAGCAAUGAAGAGGCUUUGCGGGGUGGACUCUGAGUCCCAGCGCACCCCCGCGCCACGGAGUGCUUCCUGAGGGACCGGCCCCUGGGUGGACGAUGCUCUCUUUGGGGUGGAUCUUCCUUUGGUUUGUCACAGGAGAAAGGAUCAAAGGGUUUAACAUCUCAGGUUGCUCCAUCAAAAACUUCCUUUGGAUGUACUCCGCGGAGAGCGCCGAGGAGUUUGUCUUAUUUUGUGACUUAGCAGAGGCACGGAAACCCCGUUCCUACCACAGACACCCGCUCUCACCCGCCCAGGGCCCUGCAAGCCGGCCCUGCCAUGGCCUUGAGGGCCUGUCUGAUGCCCAGUGGUACCUUCAGCCUCGGGAAGGAGGCGCCUUAAAGGAAAUUACCAGCAACCAGUCCCACCUGCUCCUGGACAAGACGGCCCUGCGCUUUCUGACCGCGGAGAGGAGCCAUGCUGGCUCCUAUAUCUGUAGGCCCAGGAUGAGGAGCCGCAGGGACGAGGCGUGCUGUGUGAAGAUGGUCCUGGAAGUGCAGCCCCAGGCCGACCUCUCCUGUGCACGCCCGGUGCCUCGGACGCGCUACCUCCGUCUGGGCAGCACCGACGCCAUUCACUGCCCCAGCCUUGGCUGCCAGGGUGGCGCCCCGAGUCCAGAGAUGACCUGGUACCAGAAUGGAAGACUGCUCUCUGCGCAGAGGAGCAACCCGCUGCCGCUGGCCGUGAUCUAUGACUACCACCAGGGCACCUACGCCUGCGACUACACGCAGGCCGACGGCGCAGGGUCCCGCACAGUCAGAGCCGUUGUCCAAGUGAAAACCAUUGUGAGAAACACCACGCUCAAGCCGGACAUCCUGGAGCCGGUCAGGGACACCCUGGAAGUGGAGCUGGGAAAACCUUUGACUCUUAACUGCACGGCACGAUUUGGCUUUGAAGAGCACUUCAAACCAGUGCUGAGAUGGUACAGCAAAGAUUCUGGUCAGGAGUUGGAAAUCCCAACAAAGGAAGGGGGAAGCGUGAAACCCACCGUGGAGGCGGAAGUCAUCCAGCGCACCGUCCACUUGGAGAGAGUCACCCAGAGUGACCUGCACAAGACGUUCAUCUGCUUCGCCCAGAACUCGCUGGGGAACAGCACGCAGCCCCUCCAGCUGAGGCGGAGGAAGGGAGUGGUGUUCCUGUACGUCCUCCUGGGCACCGUGGCCACCCUGGCAGGCGCGCUGGCAGCAGGCGCGCUGCUCUUCACGUACUGGAUUGAGGUGGUGCUGCUGUGCCGGACCUGCCAGGACAAGGACGAGACGCUCGGGGAUAAAAAGGAGUUUGAUGCUUUCAUCUCCUACGCCAAGGGGAGCGCCUCUGAGAGCGAGUCCGCCUCGCCCGUGAGUGAGGACUGCCUGGCCUUGAAGCUGUUCCCCGAGGUUUUGGAAAACAAAUAUGGCUACACCUUGUGUUUGCUUGAAAGAGACGUGGCUCCGGGAGGAGUGUACACGGAAGACAUUGUGAGCAUUAUCAAGAAAAGUAGAAGAGGAGUCUUCAUCUUAAGCCCCAACUAUGUCAACGGACCCAGUGUCUUUGAACUGCAAGCAGCAGUGAGUCUUGCCUUGGAUGAUCAGACGCUGAAGCUCAUCUUAGUCAAGUUCUGUCCCUUCCAAGAGCCAGAAUCCCUACCUGACCUGCUCUGGAGCACAGAAAGCGAGUUGGAAGGCCGGAUGGGGAACAGGAGCCACGUUAGCCUGUACUCUCGUCCUGUGGGCACGGUCCCCUCUGGCAGAUGAGCUGGCUGAGCACCUCGCCAGGACACAGGCCUGGGAGCAGAGGAGGGGUAUUUUCAGCUUCUCCUUGCCGUUGGCCUUAGGGCAGGACCGACCUGAAGUACAGAACCUUACUCUGGGCCAGUGGAAGGAGGGACCAUCUGGGCCAUAAUGGUUGGAGCAAUGAAUGGACUCACAGCUACACACAAAGUGGAAAGACGGUGGCAAGAGUCAGCAGCCAAGAUACAAGCCUGAGAAACAAGCCUCUACACAUCAAAGGACAGCAAGGCCGGACUGGGCAGAGCUUCUGUCUAAGCCCUUCCCCCUGAGGCGGAUGCUUCUAGUCCGCGCUUCCUGGCCUGCCGGCCGCAGGGCAAGGCCUGCUGGUCACAGGUGCUUUGCUGGAGGACCGAGCAGCUGUUCCCCGCAGACGAGAAUUUCA